CACAGGACUCACCCCUGAUCCAGGCUCUAUAAAAAGUCUGCUCCGGCUGGACUCGCUCAGUCUCGUCACCAACUCCAUCAGACCACCACCAUGAAAUUCGUGGCUCUUGCUCUUGCUGUUCUCCUGGCAGUCGGCUCCCAGGCCGCUUCCCUGCAGGCUGAUGCCCCCUCCCAGCUGGCCCAGAUCCGGUCUGCUAUUGAUGUCUACAUGACACAGGCAAAGGAUGGUGCCAUCAAAGCUCUGGACCAGCUCGAUGGUACUCAGUAUGAGGAAAUGAAGGCUCGCAUCAGUCAGCGCCUGGAAGAGAUGUACAACAACGUCAAGCAGAUGCAGGCCCAGGUUUCCCCUUACACCGACAAUGUGGUCACCACCAUCGCUGAGUCCACCGCCGACCUCCGUACUUCUAUCCAUAAUGACAUAGAAGCUCUGAAAACUGAGAUCGAGCCCAUGCGCGCCAAGCUGAGGGAGGUCCUCGACAAGCACAUGGAGGAGUACCGCGUCCAGUUGGAGCCCAUCAUCAAAGAAUACAAUGCCAGGCACACCGCCGAGAUGGAGGCUCUCAAGACCAAGAUGGAGCCCGUUAUGGAAGAGCUGCGUCAGAAGGUGGCCACCAACGUGGAAGAGACCAAACAGGCCUUGAUUCCCAUUAUUGAGGCUGUGCGUGCAAGGCUUACCGAGCGCGUGGAGGCCCUGAAGGCAUUGGCUGCCCCAUACGUGGAGGAAUACAAAGAGCAGCUGAAGCAGGCCUUUGGCCAUGCACAGAACGUCAACACCGACGAGAUCCACAACCUGAGGGCGAAGCUGCAGCCUCUUGCAGAUGAAAUCAAGGAGAAGUUCCAAGCCAUGGGUGUAAUCAUCGCUGAAACCUUCAACAAAAACUAAAUCCUCUUCGUCUUCCUUUAAACUAACCUCGCCUCCCUGUCUGUUCUAGUUCCAUGAAAGCUGUCUCUAAGCCCCCUCCCGCCCACGCGCAAACAGACCACCUCAGAAGUGAAUGUAGUAUCUAAGUUAUGAACAAAAAUGGCGGACCUUCCUCCCCACCAAGCACGCAACUUCAUGCACACAUGCAAGCACGCACACAGAGACUCCUACGCACCUAUCGCGCACAUGUCUCCGUCCUCACAUGUCACCUGCUAACAUAUCGUGAAUGAAUUGUGUGUGAAUUACUACACAGGUUUAAAUCGCUGUAACUGUGCUCUGAAGAAAAAAAUACAGCUUAAAUAAACAUCUGACUGUUUAUAUGA